AUGUCUAAUUUCCGGCCGAUUAGCUUCUGCAAUGUGUGCUAUAAGAUUAUAUCUAAAAUUCUAUGCCAGAGGCUACGAAGAUAUCUGCCGAGCAUUAUCUCUGAAACUCAAUCUGCCUUUGUGGCAAGACGUACCAUCACAGAUAACAUCCUUCUAGCCCAAGAAGCCUUUCACGCUCUGAGAACUAAUAAUAAAUGUAAGAAUGAGUUCAUGGCCAUUAAAACAGACAUGAGCAAAGCUUACGAUAGAGUGGAAUGGAAUUUUUUAGAAGCUAUGAUGAGGAAAAUGGGAUUCAGAGAGAAAUGGAUCCAUUGGAUAAUGAGAUGUGUCGGAUCAGUCUCCUAUAGUGUACUGAUAAAUGGAAAUCCCACAGGCCAAAUAACUCCCUCUAGAGGAUUACGGCAGGAAGAUCCACUCUCACCAUACCUUUUCAUUCUCUGCAUAGAAGUUCUGAUAGCAAAUAUAAGAACAGCUGAAAAUUUAGGACAGAUCACGGGACUCAUAGUGGCCCAAGCAAGUCCUCCGAUAUCUCAUCUCCUCUUUGCAGAUGACAGCCUCUUCUUCUGUAAAGCAGUCCCAGAACAAUGCAACAGCCUCCUCAACGCGCUAAACACGUAUGGAAGUGGUUCUGGACAAAGAAUUAAUUUUGAGAAAUCAGCUAUCACUUUCGGUAAAAAAGUGCCUCACGAAAAUAUGGAAAACCUGCAGAAUAUCUUAGGCAUUACAACUGAAAGCGGCAAUGGAAAAUAUUUAGGCAUCCCGGAGCUACUCCAAGGCUCUAAGACCCAAGCCUUUGCCUAUGUCCAAAACAAUCUACACAAGAAAGUUAAUGGAUGGACGGCAAAAUACCUUUCCAGAGCCGGCAAAGAAGUUAUGAUCAAAUCUGUAGCAGCAGCCAUUCCGACAUUCCCAAUGUCGUGCUAUCUCCUCCCUAAAGGACUAUGUAAAAAGAUAUCUAGUACGACAUCUAAUUUUUGGUGGGGCUCUGGCCCUAACUCAAAAGGUAUGCAUUGGAUAUCAUGGGACAAACUCUGUCUCUCCAAAAAAGAAGGAGGAAUUGGGUUCCGAUCGCUCGAAGAAUUUAAUAUAGCUUUAUUAGCUAAACAACUUUGGCGAUUGGAACACAACCCAAAUUCUUUACUUACAAGAGUCCUUAAAGGGAGGUAUUUUAGAAAUUCACAUCCUUUCAAAACACCAAAAGCUUCAAGACCAUCCUAUGGCUGGAGAAGCAUGAUGGCUGCAAAAGAUCUUGUCACUAAAGGUCUUAGACGAACAAUAGGAACAGGGGAAGAUACACUGGUUUGGCAAGACCUGUGGUUACCGGAUGAAACCGCCAGGCCUCCUACGAUAACACAUGAUUAUGAUCCGAACCUGAGAGUGUCUGACCUAAUCGAUCCUGUGGAAAAAGAAUGGGACAAUUCUAAACUCAGGAGUUUGCUCCACCCCAACGACAUACCGUUGGUUCGAAGCUUAAAUCUCAAGAGAAAUCCCGGUCGGGAUGGAUAUUGCUGGAACCUAACCACUUCUGGGAAAUACUCGGUCAAGUCAGGCUAUAUGCUUGCAAGAUCAAAACCAGACGAGGAUACUGAAGUUAGGAACCAGCUACCUUCCCUCAACCCGCUCAAGGAAAAAAUUUGGAAAGUCAAAACCGGGAAAAAAAUCUGCUAUCUUAUGUGGCAGAUUUUAUCGGGGGCAAUUUCAGUCAAUGAAAGACUUUUCAAAAGACACAUUGGGAACGAUCCUAGCUGCCCAAGAUGUGGCUGUGCUGAGGAAACGAUUAACCAUACGAUUUUUACAUACCCUCCCGCUAUGCAAUGCUGGGCCCUUUCAACGAUUCCUUCGGUUCUGGGAGUCUUCCCAUCAGAAAAUCUCUAUACCAACAUGGAUUACCUCCUCUCAAGAUCCAAUACAGGUGGAACUAUGGAGGAAUUAACUAGAGUCUUUCCUUGGAUUAUUUGGUAUAUAUGGAAAGCCCGGAAUGAAAAACUGUUUAAUGGACGUGAAUUCUCACCUAUGGACACAAUUGAUCUGGCGAUACGUGAAUGUAAUGCAUGGUUUUUGGCCAAUGAAGUGAUCGAUCCAGGUGAAAGCACCAUGGAACCAAGAACCCCCAUUGAGGUACCUACAUUCAUAUGUAGGGUGGACGGAUCAUGGAAAAAUGAUGAAACCACUAGUGGAGUAGGAUGGAUCCUACAGCUACAAGACGGUUCAAUAGAUAUCUUGGGGCUCCAAGGAUGCCAUAGACAAAUCUCACCGCUUCAUACUGAACUAAAAAGUUUGAUAUGGGCUCUGAAAUGUUUACUUCGCUUUCAGCGUUACUGCAAUUAUUUUGUUACUGACUCUCAAGAGCUAGUCAAAAUGAUCGCUACACCUGAAGACUGGCCGGCCUUUGCAACUGAACUUGACGAGUUUAAAACUGUAUGGGCGUCCUACCAAGAUGGAUAA